AUGUGGUCAGAUGGCGAGGACGAUCUCUUCGAUGAUUUUGCAGACGCUGCAGCUAAUGGCGAUGCCCAAGUUGACAACGAUAGCAACGUUGGUUACAGAAUUGUGGUGAAUUUCAACAACGACACUGGCGAAGCUGUGGUACCUUCGAAUGAAUUUGAAAAGAUGUUGUUCCGCGAUGGUAUAGAAGUCAGAAGCGAUGAGAACUACAAGAAGUAUAUGCACAUAGGUAGUGACUGCUUUUCUGUUGCAUUCCACUUUAUCACUAUCUCUCAUUAGUU